GUGGGAGCAGGCCUCAAGGAGGUUUCAGGGUCAGUAAGCAGGACACUGGGGCCUGGGAACACGGAACCUCGACCCUAGGAUCCAGGGAAGGAAUCCUACAAUGGUAGGGUGCUUGGGGCUGUCUCUUUCUCUCUUCAUCCAGAGCCUUAUGUAAGAGCUUUUCUCGGGAAACAGGAAGUCCUGUUUGCCAAGUUCAGCACAGGGAGUAGUGGAGGCCUUAUUCCAACACACCCGGCCUGGCCUGAACCCCAGAACGCAGCCAGUUUCUUGCUUCAGAGACCCUGGUUCUCCCCACUGCCCUGUCCUCUCCUUUCUUACCUUUAGUCAUUCCUAGCAAACUUGCCCAGAGAUCUCUCUCGGGCCUGAGCCAGAGGGUCUUCCACCCUCAUCCCUUGACCCUCAAUGCUGCCCAGCUUGUCCCUUCAUCACUGCUUCUGGCACUAUGCCCCAGAGCCAGCCAACCUUCCCUCCCCCACUUCUGGGGCCGCCCCAGGGUUCCUGUGCUUUGGCCGCUCCUCCUGGGUGUCACUGGCAGCCCCGUGCUUCCUAGAGAGACUGGCCCCAAAUUCUCCUGAGGCUGGAGGAGGGUGGGGGUCUCAAGACAACACUGGCCCCACAGCAGGGUGCCAGGAGCACCAACAGUGCCCCUAGCUUGCUUUCCUCCUCCCUCCUUUUUAUUCUCAAGUUCCUUUUUAUUUCUCCCUUGCGUAACGCCCUUCCUCCCUUCUGCACCCCCACCCGCCCUGCCACCUCCUUGCCACCCACUCCUAAAGCCACAGCUGUUGGCAGGGUCCCCAGCUCAUGCCAGCCUCAUCUUCCUUUCUGGCCCCUAAAGGGUCCCCGGGAGACAUGGGGGGCCGGGGCCGAGAGCCGGCACUCUCAGUUGCUCUCUGGUUGAGUUGGGGGGCGGUUUUGGGGGCUGUGGCUUGUGCCAUGGCUCUGCUGAUCCAACAAACAGAGCUGCAAAUCCUAAGAAGAGAGGUGACUCGGCUGCAGAGGACUGGAGGGCCCUCUGAAAAGGGGGAAGGGUAUCCAUGGCUGAGCCUCCAGGAGCAGGAGCAGAGCCCUGAUAGCCUGGAAGCCCUGGAGAAUGGGGAGAGAUCCCGGAGAAGGAGAGCAGUGCUCACCCAUAAACAGAAGAAGAGACACUCGGUUCUGCACCUUGUUCCCAUUAACAUUACCUCCAAGGAGGACUCUGAUGUGACAGAGGUGAUGUGGCAACCAGCUCUUAAGCGUGGGAGAGGUCUGGAGGCCCAAGGAUAUGUUGUCCGAGUCUGGGAUGCUGGAAUUUAUCUGCUGUACAGCCAGGUCCUGUUUCAUGAUGUGACUUUCACCAUGGGUCAGGUGGUAUAUCGGGAGGGCCAGGGAAAGCAGGAGACUCUAUUCCGAUGUAUACGAAGUAUGCCCUCCAACCCAGACUGGGCCUACAAUAGCUGCUACAGUGCAGGUGUCUUCCAUUUACACCAAGGAGAUAUUCUGAGUGUCAUAGUCCCCAGAGCAAGUGCGAAACUUAGCCUCUCUCCACAUGGAACCUUCCUGGGGUUUGUGAAACUGUGACUGUGUUAUAAAAGGUGGUCUGGGCUUGGAAGACCAGAGCAGGUACAUAUGGGAGACAGCCAAAAGCUGACUAGACAAAGGACAGGGAAUGGGAAGGAACAGAGGCCUCUUCUGGGUUUAACUGGAACCCUCAGCUUGAUAAUUCAUGACUCUGUUCCUCCUUUUUCCCUUUCCCCCCCAACCUCUAGACUUUGAUUUCAUGAAUAUUAAGGAGGUAGAAUAUCAUAUCUUGCUUUUAUCUCCCAUCUAGCCCCAAAUUCUUGGGGAAGUGGAGGGGUAAAGAGAAAAUGCCAGGCAUUGUCUAGACCUGCUUUUGGUCCCACUGGAAUGCUUCCAGAACAGCACCACCAUCUAGCGGC